UCCGGAUGUGGUCACGUGAUUUCUGGUUGCAAUAAAUGAGCGUAGAGCCGGACGAACAACGCGUUCACUCUUCAGCAAAACAAUGGGUCUGUUGGGGUCAGGGUGCAGGCUGCUCUUCUUACUCACCGCGGUCUUCAACAAAGGGCUCCUCAGUCCUGUGACGGGCAAAGAAGCCUGGAACUAUGUGGAGGUGAGAGACGGCGCCCACAUGUUCUGGUGGCUUUACUACGCUGACAGUCCUUCUGCUGGAUUCAUGGACCUGCCUCUGGUCAUGUGGCUGCAGGGUGGACCCGGUGGAUCAGGAAGUGGCUUUGGGAACUUUGAGGAGAUUGGACCGUUGAACAGGGACCUCGAGCCCAGAAAGACGAGCUGGGUGCAGGCAGCCAGUGUGUUAUUUGUAGAUAACCCAGUGGGCACCGGCUUCAGCUACACUGACACACCUGAUGGCUAUGCUACCAAUGUGGCCAUGGUUUCUUCAGACAUGCUGGUGCUGCUCAGAAACUUCUUCUUGGAGAAGCCUGAGUUCCAGAGCAUCCCCUUCUACAUCUUCUCGGAGUCAUAUGGAGGGAAGAUGGCAGCUGCUAUCUCACAGGAGCUCACCAAGGCCAUCGCAGAAGGAACAGUGAAAUGCAACUUUGCUGGUGUGGCACUUGGAGACUCGUGGAUUUCACCACUGGACUCAGUCAUGACGUGGGGACCAUACCUCUACACCACUUCUCUGCUGGACGAUAACGGCCUGGCGGACGUGAGCAGUGCAGCAGAGGACGUGAAGCGAGCUGUGGAGCAGCAGCAGUUUGAGAAGGCGACUGAGCUGUGGUCAGUGGCUGAGACUGUGGUGGAGCAGAACACCAACGGUGUCAACUUCUACAACAUCCUCACCCAGGACCCAGAUGAGAAGAGCAGUUCUUCAGCAGGGGAGGACUUCAUUGCUCUGCAGACGCGUCGCCACAUCCGUCCGCUCCACAGCCAGUCACUGAGCGAGCUCAUGAACGGACCCGUCCGGAAGAAACUGGCCAUCAUUCCUCGCAAUGUCACCUGGGGAGGCCAGGCAGAAGAAGUGUUCAGUAACAUGGCAGGAGACUUCAUGAGACCAGUGGUGGACAUAGUGGACCAACUGCUGACCGCUGGCGUCAACGUCACCGUCUACAAUGGACAGCUGGACCUCAUCGUGGACACCAUGGGCCAAGAGCUGUGGGUGAAGCGUCUCAAGUGGGAGGGGCUACCUGGAUUUAACAAGCUGAAGUGGACCGCCCUGGAUGACCCCGCCUCCCCAGGUGUUACCGGAGCUUUCUGCAAGACCUACAAGAACUUCUCCUUCUUUUGGAUCCUCAGAGCUGGUCACAUGAUUCCUUCAGACCAGGGACCCAUGGCCUUGGAGAUGUUGAAGAUGGUCACACGGCAGGCCUGAUCCUCUGACGCCAGCAGGAAUGGCUCUGACAAUCACGCUACGAUCACAUGACCUCUUUUUGUACGUCACUUUCUGCUAAACCAAAUAAACUAAAUCUGACUCUCACUUGAUCACAACACACACGACCUGUGACGACUUCAGCUGCAACACAAAUAAAGACCUUGUUUUUGUAAA